AAGGUACGGCAGAGAGCGCCUGCUAUUGUAAAUAAUUGAUCAGGAUUAAAAUGACGUAAGAGGGAACUUGGUUCCUGAGUGUGCUGUGCACGGGCCACAUAUGCAUAUUGAGCUGCUUGAGGUCAUGUGACCUCGGGUUUCCAACCUCUUGGGCAUUCCGUCGCGUCACUUCCGCUGUCAAUAAGCUGCGCAGGUCGACAUCCAACUUCGUCCAGCAUCGCAACCGUGUCUCGCCCAUCCCUAUCCCGUCCCUAGCCCGUGCUGCUGAUCAUUCUCUAAGAAUCCCAUUCUCGUCUCUACCAUGCUGUGAGAGGCCAAUUCAGCUGACCCUGACGGUUUUCCCAACUGAAAUUCCUCUGCCACGCAUUCCUGGGAUCGUUGGCCGCCGGCCAGCAUGGCCUUGACCAUGGGACCCCGUGUGCGUCGGACUGCGCAGAAUAUCCAGUAUACGUACAAUCUCCCCCGUCGUAUCCACGCUGUCCAGACCUACCCUGUUCUUUCCCCCCAAGGCGCUACCAUCCUACUCUAUGGCCACGAGAACGGAAUAACCAUCGUUUGGCGCGGAGGACGGCGGUUCAAACCCGAAGUUAUCAAGGAGGAGGGCCGCAGUGGCUCCGUGGGGAAGCAGAAUGGGAAUCCUGCCGUGGAUGCGGUCAUGGUCAUAGAUUCUGACGAGGAGGAUUCUGCGACAGCCAAGAAGGGGGAAGUAUUCGUCGACAAACCUCAAUUUGAAGAUGCUAUCGACGAGGACGCGCCGUACCCCGAAGUUACGCAAACCCUCGACCUUGAAUUUGGCACCGCCGUGCUUCAUCUCGCCGCCGUGCCGCUCACGCCGUGCACCGCCGAAGAUGCCGCGUGGGGCGGCACCGAUCUCCUUAAGGACAGGAUGGUUUUCGCCGCUGCGUCUGCCACCAGCAAGGUCUUCCUCGUCACGGUGCCGCUGGUACCGCCGUCGCCUCAGAGUAAAGCGCGCGCCGACUUGCAAGAGAGCCUGCUCGCCGGCAAGGCUGGCAGCGGGAAAUGGGGCGAGACGAUGGUGUUGCUGGGUGGUUCGGAGAGAGCUAGCGAUGGUAUAGCCAUGUCGCUCAUCCGACCAAAGGCUAUGCUGGAGCGCACAAAAUCGAACGAGCGGUCACGUUCCGAAUCUAGGGCACUGCCACGGAUCGUGAUCGCCGCGCACUCGCGUCAGGCUUCCGGCACUUUGCGCCUUUGGAACCUCUCUCUAGAGGACGCGACUAAUACUGGUCGAUAUGUCCAACCGUUUCAGACCGAAUUCUUACCCAAACCCCUAACCUCGGUCUCCUUCAACCCGACCUACACGACCCAACUACUAUGUAACGCAUCGCCCGAUGCUGUUAGGAUCUACGAUUUCGCCCUCGCUUCUAUGCCUCCUGACGACCUCUCGGAAGGUCCGUUCCCUUCACAGGGCUCAUGGCUCAUCUCCUUCUACACGCCCUUCACUCGACCUUCUUCAUCUCGAAAACCGAUUCUAGCAGCGUCUUGGAUCGCCCACGGCCGAGCUAUUCUAGUCCUUCUCGCCGACGGCCAGUGGGGCAUUUGGGAUAUCGAUGGCGUAUCUCCGCACGGGCCGGCCUUGUUCGGCAAGCCUGGUUCCGGCAUUCGCGGCGAUGCUCUGACCGAUUUCAAUGUGUCUGGAUAUGUCGAAGGCACGAGUCCUCUGCGGAAUCCUGCUUCUCAACGCACAUCUGGCGGUGGCUCCGACUUCGUUCCCAUGACUCCUCACUCUAGACGCGAUGCCCUAACCGCGCCUUACGGCCCCGAACGACUGGCAUCCGUCAAGGGCGGCAUCGUGGUGAUGCCACUCCCGGCUAGCACGACGACGACGGCGGAUGAGAGCGUUGCUUUAUGGAUCGGCGGCGCCGAACACGUUUUUGUCAUCCCUGGCGUUCUGAAAUUCUGGGACGCCCAAGUGCGCAAGGGGGUUGGCGGGGGCGUGAACCUCUUCAGUGGCGCGCAACCUACUCGCAUGGUCCGCCUGAGCGACUUGAGCGUCGGGCUCAUGGGCGAGCGUUGCACGGGCGUAGGCGCUAUCGUGCGCUUCCCCGAGAGCGGCGGCUCCGCCCCCUCCACCAACGAGGGCUUACCCAUCGAGCUGCUGCUGCGCGGCGAGAGCAGGCUGGUCAUCGUCCGCGAGAGCGAGACGGUCGUGGGCACGCGGAUCGGCGGCGUCGUAAGCCGCAGGAAGCUGCCGAACGAGCGGGUCAAGGAGAACAGCGCGAUCGUGGUGUACCCGCGGCCCGAGCAGCCGAGCAGCAUCGCCUACAACCUCUCGGUCGGGCCCCGGAGGAAGCUGUCGCGCUCCGCGGCAGCCGACGGCGGCGAGCCGUCGCCGGAAGAGGACGCCGCGGGCGCACAGGCGGGACCGGCGCUGGGAUCGGUGCCGAUACAGCUACCGACGCGACCCCGGAGCGGGUUCGCGUUCGCGGACAGCCUCAGCGCGGCGGCGGACGCGGAGCAGCGGGGCGGCGAGGACGACGAGCGCGACGUGGAGGUGGAGAUGCUGGACAUAAUGGCGAUCGACCGCGAGCUCGAGGCGAUGGACAGCGGGAGGGGGAGGGGCCGUAAGAAGGUCAUCUUCGAAUCCUAGGCCCUCCCGAGGGGUCUCUCUCUCUCUCCUCCGAGUCUCCCCUUCCUCGCCCCGCCUUGCUCUUCUCGUCCACGCGGGAUAGCCUGUUCGGCGUCGGCGGGGUGAUUUGUGGCUCGGUACGGGAGAAGAGAGAAAGAGCGCACAGAUACGUGCAGGAAAACGGGGGAGGUGGUAGUAGAGAAGGGGUAGGGAGACGAGACA